UUGUGAACUGCUCUGGCGGCCAACAUCAGCAAAUAGAACGGUAGCGAGCCAAGCGGACGUUCACCAUGAACCUGGUCAUAGCAAUAUUUUUGUUCACGUGCAAUAUUUCAUUUGUCUAUCUAUCAUGUCCAGAAAAUGAAGUCUCAGUGUUCUGCGAUGGAGCUGCCCUGAUCCCGCAAGUAUACUGUGGAGGCGUAGGUCAUGAGGAGAAGUAUAAGUGCUCAAAAAAACAAAAUGUAAGGUGUGGGUGUGGACCUGGUUACGCACGCGAACACGACCAUCAAUGCGUGCGUGUAGAGGAUUGCAAAGUUGGUCUGUACGAACUUAAACUGCCAGGCGUUUUCGCAAAUAAAGGAGAUUCCGGAAAUAAACAAGACGGCUCGGCUAGCCAAGGAACAGGCAGCAAACUUAACAAAGUUGGUCAGAAAGUUUUACAGUUUAUUAAAAGUCCGAGGGAUAUAUUUCUUGUGAGGCUUUCUGAAGAUGCGGGGAAAAUUGAUGAUUGUGUCUGCCUCAAGUCUGCAUAUGGAGCAAGUGGAGACCACGACGUUGAACGCACUUUGACGUGCUACAAAUGCGUACCUUCAUCAACUGCUCCAGGAACCAAAGCCAAAGUGCCUUCGGAUAGAGGAUUAAUAAUUAAAAAGCAACACGUCACAUUCAACGUCAGCAGCCGGCAGGAUAUGACAGUGGUCACUGUCGAAUAUGCAUCCCUCCCAAACACCGUGACACAUUUAAAUGAGGGACAAUCAUAUCUAAGCGGCGAAUUCGUCGUCGUCGAUGUUAGUGACGAAUGCUUAGUAGUGAAAUUAAUGAGUGAAAAUGCUGGAGGGGCCAGUUGCCUAAUUUGGGAAAUUAUCACUGAUGAAGACGCACAGCCCAGCGGAUGCACGCCUAUGCUGCUACCGAUUUGCGGAUCUGACUUCUACGAUAUGACAACUGAUGUUCCUGCUUGCAGAAGAAAAGACGCUGCGGAAAGAAGAGCUGAAAAGCUUGCCAACCAAGCAUUAACAGAAGAACGUUUUGCGAUCUCUCAACUGUAGUUGUUAGUUCACAUAGACUAAUAAAUAAAGUUGAGAUUAUUAUGUUUACUUUAGCAGAAAUUUGAAGCAAUAAACUCGACUCACCUACUUUGA